UUAACUUGAGCCUACACACCCAAACAGAGUUAGUUAGAGCAGAGAAGAAGAUGAAGUAUUACAUGAUGCUGUUACUAGGUGCACUGCUAUAUGGAGGAGCUUCAGGUAAAGCAGGGAUAUUUGUGAGGAGUAGAGGCUUCAUAAAAGACUAUCAUCAACUAACAAUUGAUGAUUUAAGUGAUGGAGGGCAACUUCAUUGUGUCAAUACUGAGAAACAUAAUGAUUCCAGUUUAUUGUGGAUCCUACCAAGUGGAGAUACAAUACACUCACUUAUUGCAGGAACCAAUCUAUUAAACAACAGUCAGUAUUCAUUAAUGCUCCCCCUUCAUUUGAUAAAAAAGACUGCCGGAGUAUAUACUUGUAAAGUGAAAGACAGCACUGUUGAUGGAACAAUUGAUGAACAGCAUGUAUGGAUAGCAUUAGAGCAAGAAUCACCAGCACCUUACAUUAAGGAGCAUUCUUGUAUACUGGAAAGUAUCUUUCCCUACCAAGAGAUGUAUGUAAUCAUAAUGACAUCAUGGAUAGAACGGGGAGCACCAUCACACAUUAACUGCUUUAUAAAAGACAGUCCUCAACAAGUGUUAAGACAAGCAGCCAAAGAGAUCAUCAUUUUAUCUAGUUAUAUGCCAGAGCCUCUAGCUAAAGUCUCUGUUGGUUACCUUGUACCAUUCUUAACACCUCCUUAUGAUAUUCAAUGUACUGUCUCUAAUGCUGGAGGUCAGGGCUCUUUUAACUGCAUAUUAAAAGACUCAAAUAUAAGUACACCUACUGUACUUACUAUCAUUAAGAAACAAGAUAAUGAAGUAUUGCUGAGAUGGGAUGGAGUUAAGGAUCCAAUGAAUCUCUUAUCUCAUUAUUCAGUCUAUCAGCAAACAAGAGUAGGGCUGAUCAUUAAGAAACAAGUAUCAGAGCCUCAAGCAAUACUUCCUGAUACUAGGGAACUGAGUGAUGUAAGGAUUGUUGCUAAUAGUCGACAGCCACUUCACAAUGUGAUAUACUUACCAUCAAUCGGAAGCAUUAUCAAUAAAUGCCAACCAUCAUUUGGAUAUACGAUACAGUUAACUGUAACUAAAGCAGAAGAUGCAGAUCUUAGUACAAUGAUAAAUGAUGUCAUUGGUUCCACUGGUGUAUUGAAUACCUGCAGUGCAGUUGAUGCAAGUAUACUGAGCACUGAAGUGAUCGAGGAAUCAACCAGAACAAGUAGUAAAGGAAGUAAAACCAAAAAAUCAAAAAGAACAGCAACAGAGAAGACAAGAAAGCACAAAAAAUCAAAAACAAAAAAGAAGACAAAAUCAAAGACAAAAACAAGAUGGACAAAGACUAAGACUAAGACUAAGAGUAAGACUAAGACUAAGAGUAAGAGUAGGACUAAGACUAAGACCAAGACUAAGACUAAGAGUAGGACUAAGAGUAGGACUAAGACUAAGAGUAUAAAGACUGCAGGAAAAGAAAAGUCAAAAAAGAUGUCCUACAGUACAAUUGCUGCUAAAGUCCUUGUCACUUGUGAUAGCUGUAGCAUUUGGAGAACAGGAACGACUAGCAAUCCUAGCAUAGGAACCUUCUCACAAUCAAUAUCAAACAACUUUAUGAUAAUAUCAGGACCUGACUACUACUGUCAGGAAACUGUAGUUGAGAGCCGAAACCAAGUGUGCAGUUGUUCAACAAGAUGUAAAAUUUAAAGACAAAUCAUUAAUAAUAUUAUUAUUUA